GUAAGGAAGGUGGAGCAGGGACAACAGUCAACGCUAGGGGCAGGUGCCCGGUCGACUCCCAGCUCCUCCCUAUCCCAGCUGGGGUCCGUUCGCCCGAGACGCGAUACAUCUCCCGGUGCUGCUCACUUCAAACGGGACAUGUAAUAAUAAGUGUGGCGAGGAGUCGCACCGUGAGCUGCAGUAUGGCAGAGGAGCUCUUCUGUAAAGUGCUGUCUGUUGUUAUCAAGUGCAGAGACUGCGAGGACAGACGUGCCAAUGUGAGGUUAACUGUUGAAACUCAUUCAACUUCAAAUCCCGUACAUAAAAAGGACCUAAUUGUACGGCUGUCUGAUGAUACAGAUCCAUUUUUCUUAUAUAAUCUGACUCUAGGGGAGGAAGAUUUUCAAAGCUUAAAAAACCAGCAAGGACUUUUAGUCGAGUUUUCUUCAUUUCCACAAAGAUUCAUAGACCUCUUGGAGCAAUGUAUUGCGGAGCAGGACAAAACUGUUCCCAGGUUUUUACUGCAGCUGUUAACGUCCACAAGUAUGCCAGACUGCAUGCCUGCAAGCCUGAAUAUAAUUGAAACAAACCCAUUCAAGCACCUCAUUCACCUUUCAUUAAAACUUUUAGCAGGAAAUGACAGUGAUGUAAAGAAAUAUCUCGCCACUUGCAUGAAGAAUCUAAAGUUAGAAAAUUGUACACUAAAAGAAAAGUUGCAGCGGUCUGAAGAGGAUCUUUCAAAAAAACUUGCUUUUACACAACAGGCUUUGGCAGAAAAGUGUAAAGAACUAGAUAAGCUACGAAAUGAAUGGACGUCUCAGACUACUUUAUUAACCAGCAGGCAUACGCAAGAAAUCACAGCAGAAAGGGAGAAAGCAUUACAGAUUCAAACCCAAUACCAGCUUCAAUAUGAACAACAAAAAAAGGAGUUGGAGACCUCAAGCAGCAGAACAAUACAGCACUUGGAAGCUCGAGUAUCUGAAUUGGAAGCAAUCAAUAAGGACCUUACAGAGAGGAAAUAUAAGUCAGAGUCAUGCAUACGAGAACUUAAAGGGAAAGUUGCUGGAAUGGAAGAGGAAUGCCAUAGAACAAAACAAGAGGUAACAUCCCUCCGAAGAGAGAACGCUACUCUGGAUUCCGAAUGUCAUGAAAAGGAGAAGCUGAUAAAUCAGUUAAAGACAAAAACUGCUGUGUUAGAGCAAGAAGUAAAAGAUAAGGAACAAGUUGUAAUUCGAAGUGUAGAUGCUUGUGAAAGUGCUCAGGAACAUAAGAAAAAGCUAGAGGAAUCUUUGGAACAAAAACAGCUGCAGACUGGAAAGCUCGAAGCUACAGUGAAGUCCCUUUCUGAGGAAAUAAUCAAGGCUAAUGAGAUUAUCAAAAAGCUGCAGACCGACAUGAAGAAACUAAUGGAGAAAAUAAAACUUAAAAAUACAGUCACAAUGCAACAAGAAAAGCUUUUGGGGGAAAAAGAUCAAGCAUUACAGAAAGAGAAGUCUGAGCUGUCUAAUGUGAAGCAUACUUUGAAGAUAAAAGAGGAUGAGGUGUUGAAGUUGCAGGAACAGCUGGACAACACUACUGAGAAACUUGAAGAAAGCAAGCAACUGUUGAAAACAAAUGAAAAUGUAAUUUCCUGGCUUAACAAGCAGCUGAAUGAAAACAAAAUUGCAUCUUUGCAAGGGGUGCAGACAGAAUAUGAAAUGCCUGGUUCGGUUAAGGCCAUCAACACAGCUUCAAAUCUGGGAGUCAUGCAAAAUAACCAGGUUCGGUUUAAUAUUAGCUCACCUUCUGAUUCAGCUCCUGGUGAUUUACGACCCGUUCCUUCAACGUCUACUCCCAUAAUCCCUCCUACCUCAAGUGAUCCAGUUGGAUUAGAUAUUAAAUAUCUGAAGAACAAUGGCAAUGUUCCAGUCAGAGGACAAAGGAAAAAUGGAACUGCAUCAACCGCAGCUAGACCAUCUUUAACAAAAUCAGGCAGCUCACCAAUACUUUCAGCUUAUUUUCCUGGACAACAACCCAGACUUCCUGCAUCAUAGAAAAAUAACUUAAACCGUUAAAAUUUAAAAUACUAAUGCUUUUCAUUUGAGUAGAAAUAUAGUUAAUGAAAACUGCCAAAAGUUAUGCUAUAUCCAAAUGAAGUUGAACUAUAAUAGUUGAUACUAUUUUGUAUCACUAAAUGUUGUAUAAAUAACUGUAUUGGUGUAAAAAUAUUUUGCAAGUAUGUUCAAUAUCUGUAAAUAUACACAUAAAGAUUUAGUUCUCCUUUGCUAUACACUAUAUAUUUAUACAUCUGAUUGUGGAGAGAGUUCUAUAGCCCAUGAGAUUCAUGUGUAUCUUGUAGUGUUUUCAAAACUACUUUGAAACUGGUGAGGAACGUUAAGAGGAGCUCUCCAGUGUUCACUUAGGGGUUCUGCCUCUUAGGAGUGGUUU